AGUGCCACCUAGCGGCGGAGUUGUGAAUGUCUCGGAGGGAAUUGGAAAUCCUGUUUAUGACGAAGAUCGACCUUUAGAAGGGGUAAGACAUGUUAUCAAUUGAGUGUAUAAUAUAGUGCCUCAUUCUGAAAGCUGCCUCAUUCUGGAAGUUGCAUCAUUCUGAAAAUUCCAUCAGUCUGAAAAUUGCCUCAUUCUGAUUGUUACCUCAUUCUAAUAGUCACCUCAUUUCGAAAAUUGACUCAUUCUGACAUUUUGCUCAUUCUGUUCAUUCUGAUAUUUUUCUAAUUCUGUUCAUUCUGAUAUUUUGCUCAUUCUGUUUAUUCUGAUAUUUUUCUAAUUCUGUUCAUUCUGAUAUUUUGCUCAUUCUGUUCAUUCUGAUAUUUUUCUAAUUCUGUUCAUUCUGAUAUUUUGCUCAUUCUGUUUAUUCUGAUAUUUUUCUAAUUCUGUUCAUUCUGAUAUUUUGCUCAUUCUGUUCAUUCUGAUAUUUUUCUAAUUCUGUUCAUUCUGAUAUUUUGCUCAUUCUGUUUAUUCUGAUAUUUUUCUAAUUCUGUUCAUUCUGAUAUUUUGCUCAUUCUGUUCAUUCUGAUAUUUUUCUAAUUCUGUUCAUUCUGAUAUUUUGCUCAUUCUGUUUAUUCUGAUAUUUUUCUAAUUCUGUUCAUUCUGAUAUUUUGCUCAUUCUGUUCAUUCUGAUAUUUUUCUAAUUCUGUUCAUUCUGAUAUUUUGCUCAUUCUGUUUAUUCUGAUAUUUUUCUAAUUCUGUUCAUUCUGAUAUUUUGCUCAUUCUGUUCAUUCUGAUAUUUUUCUAAUUCUGUUCAUUCUGAUAUUUUGCUCAUUCUGUUUAUUCUGAUAUUUUUCUAAUUCUGUUCAUUCUGAUAUUUUGCUCAUUCUGUUCAUUCUGAUAUUUUUCUAAUUCUGUUCAUUCUGAUAUUUUGCUCAUUCUGUUUAUUCUGAUAUUUUUCUAAUUCUGUUCAUUCUGAUAUUUUGCUCAUUCUGUUCAUUCUGAUAUUUUUCUAAUUCUGUUCAUUCUGAUAUUUUGCUCAUUCUGUUUAUUCUGAUAUUUUUCUAAUUCUGUUCAUUCUGAUAUUUUGCUCAUUCUGUUCAUUCUGAUAUUUUUCUAAUUCUGUUCAUUCUGACAUUUUGCUCAUUCUGUUCAUUCUGAUAUUUUUCUAAUUAUGUUCAUUCUGAUAUUUUGCUCAUUCUGUUGAUUAUGCUCAUUCUGACAUUUUAAUUAUUCUGAUUGUUGUCUCAUUCUAAUAGUUGCCUCAUUCCAAAAAUUGCGGAUCCCCAUUGUAUAUAACCCGAUUUUUUUAUCAUCCCCUGUUGGUGCUAUUUGAUCCUCAAGUUUGAUCCUGGGAUUUUCUAAAUAACUCCCUUGAGAAGCACAAUCUCUCACGAUUGACCAAGUGCAGGUCAAGUUUACAUAAAAAACAUUCAGUAAAAGUACAUUAUAAUGUUCGAUCAGGAACGUUUUAAAAGAGUUAACACAAGUAAAGUUUUACAUGGGGCAACUUUACAUACAGAGUUCCAAAAAUUUACGAUUUGAUUAAAAUAUGAAGCCUUAAAAGUUCUUGUUUUAAAACAAGAGUGGAAUUACUACUAAGACGUGUUCGCGGCCACGAGUAACAAAGGAGACAUAAUCUUGCACAUUUAAAUCAUAUACAGUCCAGUUUUAUCCAUUGUGGUCAAAUUUCCAAACCAUCUCGUUCUUGCUACUUUUAAUCCCUUGACUGUGUCCGACUCUUCUAAUCUUCUCGUUUGCAAGAUUGUUCUUGGAGUGGUAUCCCUGCCACAGUAAAUAUUAAGAUAUAUUUACUAACAACUCUUGAACUCUUUUUAGUUUUCGAUGAGCGAUGUUGAUACGAAUAUGUUUGUCACAGAUGAUUCCUUUACAGUACCGGUAUGUUUAUAUGCGCACCUUUUAAAAUGAGUUUUCGGGUCAAUAUGUAACAUAUCCCAAGUUCGAGGUUUAUAAAACCGACCUAUUUACUAGUUAAAGGAGGUUUUCCAACAAUUUCAGAGACUUUCUAUCAAGAUUUUUCAAGUUUUGUCGACAUUCACGGGUUACAACCUGUAUACAUCCCGCGGUACAUCAAAGAAAACCGACUCAACUAGUGAAUAAUGCGUUCUAAACACUAGAUAUUGAAACCCGACCGCUCGUGUGUGCUUUCACUGGUAAAUUUAAGACGAAAUGCAGGCCACAGCAUGAUGACUAAUUUCUUGCCAGAAAGUGCAAGACUUCCUUUAGGCGUGUUUACACCUGCGAUUUCUAGUGUGAUUUUUAUCUUCUGAUGGAUGUGAAGGAGUGGAUGAGUUACAAAUGCUCAGAUGAAGGAACAUGCACUCAGAACAUUCAUAACACAUCUACUCGUUCACAUCCAUCAGAAGAACAAAAUCGCCCGAGAAAUUGCAGCAACAAUUGACCAUUUGCGUAAUAGACUAAAUUUUGAACUAAACAAGUCUAGACAAAAAUUGCAUCACAGCUUGAAAGAGCAUCACAAAAUUAGUAAUAUUCCAAAGUGUCGUUGCAAAAUGUUGUAAAAUGCGGAAAAUAUAGCCUUGCGAAAUUUGCAAUUUUCAGUCAUUUUAGAUUACAAACCGGAAAUUGACAGCCUCGAAGGGUUUGGGGCUGUCAAUUUCCCGUUUGUAAUCUAAAAUGACUGAAAAUUGCAAAUUUCGCAAGGCUAUAUUUUCCACAUUUUACAACAUUUUGCAACGAAACUUUGGAAUAUUACUAAUUUUGUGAUGCUCUUUCAAGCUGUGAUGAAAUUUUUGUCUAGACUUGUUUAGUUCAAAAUUUAGUCUAUUACGCAAAUGGUCAAUUGCAAGUGUAUAAACGGGCCAUUAGUAUUACCACGGUAUGGAUUUGUGGUGGUAUCACACCAAAAUGCCGAUCAUUGGCCAUUGGCUUCAUUGAAGCCUGGUACGUUUACACUAUCAAAUCACUUCCUGUGAUCUUUUGCAUCGGUAAAUUCCAAGUUUUGAAGGAUUUGUAAGAAAUGUUUGAGGGAACUCAAUCAGUGUUAAACACUAAGUCAAUUCCCUCAAACAUUUCUUACAAAUCUUUCAAAACUUGAAUUUACUUCUGCGAAAUUCCUACUGAUAAAUAGCCGAUUCACUAUCCAGCCCUACCCUUUGAGAUCAGUGGUCAAUAUACAUGUUUUAAUUAUUCCAGAGCGAGAAAGGUGGCGCUGGCGGGACCUCGAUGGCUAACCCACUAUACCAAGACCCAUACUAUGGUGAAGACUGA